AUUAAGACCAACCAUUGAUAUUAGAGAAAUUUCGAAAACAAUGGCGAUGGCUUUCAAGAUGGCUACUACUGGAAUGUGGGUGACCGAUGAGUGCAAGAACUCCUUCAUGGAUAUGAAGUGGAAGAAGGUCCACAGAUACAUAGUCUUCAAGAUCGACGAAAGAUCAAGGCUUGUCACCGUCGAUAAACUCGGUGGCCCCGCCGAGGGCUAUGCUGAUCUCGCCGCCUCAUUGCCCACCGAUGAUUGCCGAUACGCUGUCUUCGAUUUCGACUUCGUCACCGUUGAUAACUGCCGCAAGAGCAAGAUCUUCUUCAUUGCAUGGUCACCAACAGCAUCAAGGAUUAGAGCAAAGAUGCUAUACGCAACUUCCAAGGAUGGCUUGAGAAGAGCGCUGGAUGGAAUCCACUAUGAACUCCAGGCCACCGAUCCAACCGAGAUGGCAUUCGAUGUAAUUACAGACAGAGCUAAAUAGACUUGGAUUUGGAUCUAAUGUGAGAAAGUGAUUAUGUGGUAAUGUUAUUUGGUCACACCCACUCAUUCACAUGAUCACUUUUUCAGAUGAAAAAAUCCAAAUCUAAUUGAGUUACUCCAACACAAGUGCUAAGCUAAUCCUUUUGUAUGCAAAUGUUGCUCUUUCUUUACGUCUUAAUUGAGUAGCUCCUCUGACAUGUGCUCUUCUUUUUACUCGUUCUAUAUAAUAGCUUUAUUAUGUAGGUUUUUUUUGCUGGUAUCAAUGUGAUGAAAUGCAAGUGGGGCGUAUAAUAAUAAAUUA